GCGCUGGCCCGGCGCCAGCGGCAUCGGCGCGGGUUGCAUCAGACGAGGCGCUCGCCGCGGCCGCGGAGCCCGCUCGGUGCUGGCAGGACGGCCGCAAGAUGCUGCGGGCAGCCCCACGGCUGCUGCGGACCAUCUGCACCACGGCUGCGGCUUAUCAACGUAAGCUAAAGCUGGCCCUUAUAGGUCAAAGUAUUUUUGGACAAGAAGUUUAUAACAGCCUGAGAAAAGAGGGACAUAAAGUUGUGGGUGUAUUCACCGUGCCUGACAAGAAUGGACAAGUUGAUCCUUUGGCACUGGCAGCGGAGAAGGAUGGCACUCCUGUUUUUAAGUUCCCCAAAUGGAGAGCUAAAGGCAAACCUAUCCAGGAAGUAGUUGCAGCCUACAAAUCAGUUGGAGCAGAGUUAAAUGUCCUUCCAUUCUGUACACAGUUUAUCCCCAUGGAUGUUAUUAACUGCCCAAAACAUGGCUCUAUUAUUUACCAUCCAUCCAUCCUACCACGCCACAGAGGAGCUUCUGCUAUCAACUGGACUUUAAUUCAAGGAGAUAAAAAAGCAGGAUUUACUAUUUUUUGGGCUGAUGAUGGUUUGGACACUGGACCAGUACUUCUGCAGCGAGAAUGUGAUGUUGGCCAAAAUGAUACCGUGGAUGACCUGUAUAACCGGUUUCUCUUCCCAGAAGGAAUAAAGGCUAUGGUGGAAGCUGUAAAUCUAAUUGCUGAUGGUAAGGCCCCUUGUAUACCUCAGCCUAAAGAAGGGGCAACAUAUGAAGGGAUCCAGAAAAAGGAAAAUGCAGAGAUCUCCUGGGACCAACCUGCUGCAGCUUUGCACAAUUGGAUUCGAGGGCAUGAUAAAGUGCCUGGAGCAUGGACAACAAUAAAUGGACAGGUGGUUACUUUUUAUGGGUCAUCAUUAUUUGAUGCUUCAGUGCCUACUGGACAAGAGCUGACAAUAAAAGGUGCUUCAAGACCGGGACUAGUGACAAAGAAUGGUCUAGUUGUUUUUGGAAAUGAUGGGAAGAUGGUACUAGUGAGAAAUCUGCAGUUUGAGGAUGGAAAAAUGAUCCCUGCAUCUAAAUACUUCUCUGCUGAUGAAACAACUGCCCUGGAACUUACAGAAGAGGAGAAAAAGAUGGCAGAAGAUAUCCGAGCAAUUUGGAAGGGAAUUUUAAGCAAUGUUUCUGUGAUUGAGGAUUCCACAGACUUCUUCAAAUCUGGAGCAUCCUCUAUGCAUGUUGUCAGAAUGCUAGAAGAGAUCAAACAGAAGCAUAGUGGACUUCAGCUACAGAAUGAAGAUGUGUAUAUGGCCACUAAGUUUGCAGACUUCAUUCAAAUGGCUGUCAGAAAACUCAGAGGAGAAGACAAAGAAGAAGAGUUAGUCAUUAAUUAUGUUUCCAAAAAUAUGAACAACAUGACUGUGAAUAUGCCAUACCAAUGUUUCAUAAAUGGGCAAUUUAUAGAUGCUGAUGAUGGAAAAACGUUUGACACCGUAAAUCCAGCAGAUGGAUCAGUAAUAGCCAGUGUAUCUUCUGCCUCACUGGCUGAUGUUGACAAGGCAGUGGCAGCAGCAAAGGAGGCAUUUGAACAUGGUGAAUGGGGAAAGAUGAAUGCAAGGGAAAGAGGGCGACUCAUGUACAGACUUGCAGACCUGAUGGAAGAACAUCAAGAAGAGUUAGCAACAAUAGAGUCUAUUGACUCAGGAGCUGUCUACACUUUAGCUCUGAAGACUCAUAUUGGAAUGUCUGUGCAAACAUUCAGAUACUUUGCUGGAUGGUGUGACAAAAUUCAGGGUGCUACAAUUCCAAUUAACCAGGCCCGGCCAAACCAUAAUCUAACAUUCACCAAGAAAGAGCCAAUUGGUGUCUGUGCAAUAAUUAUUCCCUGGAAUUACCCACUGAUGAUGCUUGCAUGGAAGAGCGCAGCUUGCUUGGCUGCAGGCAACACCCUUGUACUCAAACCAGCUCAGGUCACACCUCUGACUUCCUUGAAGUUUGCAGAACUCUCAGCUAAAGCUGGAUUUCCUAAGGGUGUUAUAAAUAUUCUGCCUGGUUCAGGUGGCUUGGUGGGACAGCACCUCUCUGAGCACCCAGAUGUUCGCAAAGUUGGAUUCACUGGUUCAACACCAACUGGCAAACAGAUCAUGAAGAGUGCAGCUGCUAACCUGAAGAAAGUUUCUCUUGAACUUGGUGGCAAAUCACCAUUGAUCAUAUUCAGUGACUGUGAACUUGACAGAGCCGUAAAAAUGGGUAUGGGAGCAGUAUAUUUCAACAAAGGAGAAAAUUGCAUUGCAGCUGGCAGGCUGUUUGUGGAAGAAUCAAUUCAUGAUGAGUUUGUUAGAAAAGUGGUUGAAGAAAUAAAAAAGAUGAAAAUUGGUGACCCACUUGACAGAUCUACAGAUCAUGGUCCACAAAAUCACAAGGCACAUUUGGAAAAGCUGCUGCAAUACUGUGAAACUGGAGUAAAAGAGGGAGCAACUCUGGUGUAUGGAGGAAGACAAGUAUGUAGACCAGGUUUCUUCAUGGAACCCACUGUAUUCACAGAUGUUGAAGACCAUAUGUAUAUUGCCCAGGAAGAAUCCUUUGGUCCUGUGAUGGUCAUCUCUAAAUUUAAAAAUGGGGAUGUGGAUGGAGUAUUGCAACGGGCAAAUGCCACAGAAUAUGGCUUAGCUUCAGGAGUUUUCACAAAAGACAUAAACAAAGCUCUCUACAUCAGUGAAAAGCUAGAAGCUGGGACAGUUUUUAUUAACACAUACAACAAAACAGAUGUGGCAGCACCAUUUGGUGGAUUUAAGCUGUCUGGCUUUGGGAAAGAUUUAGGUGAAGAAGCUCUUCAUGAAUAUCUCAGAACCAAAGCCAUCACUGUGGAGUAUUAA